AUGAUAUUCACAACCACUAUCAUCCUCUCCCUUGCCGCCCUGGCAGCAGCAUCCCCCAUAACCCCGCGCCAGGAGCCCCAGCAGCCAGCCACAGUCUACGGCGUCGACCCCAGCAAACCCUUCUACCUAUACGCCUACACAACCGACUACACCAGCAGCUACAUCCUGCAGCCCUUCUACACCAGCGUAUCGCAGCUCGGGCUGCAAGCCGUCCCGGAAGGCGGCAACGCCACCGCAUCCCCACAGGCCAACUAUACCCUCAGCGGCAGCCACUACGGCACGCAGCUAUACGCGUACCGCCCCGGCAUCUGCACGUCGAUGGCGUCGUGCCCCACGGACCCGCCGGCCCUGCAGUGGAGCAACGACGAGCCCGUCGACGGCGCGCCGCUGACGUUCCACAUCGGCGUCGACGAGCCGAACUUCGGCGGGCUUGGGUUUUAUGGCGCGUAUCAUGGCGGCGACUUUGAGGCUGGCACGGAUAAUUACCUUGUUGGUGGGGGGGAUACCGAUCUGGCUGGGGCGUUUUCGGUGUGCGAUUUGGCAGCGAAUUCCGCGGUUAAGCUGCUUACGUAUCAUGGUGCGAAUAGCAGCUGCGUGGCGGUUACUGUUAAUGCCUACCAGGUAUAG